UCUAUGCAGUGCAUUUUGUCAAGUGCAACAUGGUUUCCAUGCGGUUGUUUGCAGUUACAAGUAUCUGCAAAGCACUUUGCAUUAUCAUUUGCAUUAUAUGCCAUUUGAGAACUACUGCAUGAGUGCAAUGCUGGCAAAAUAAUAGGAACUUUAAGUGUAAAGUUACAGUUCUGUAGGCCAUCAAGUCAUCAGCCUGGCAAAUCUGCAGUCGUAGGGGCGAAGCGAUUUCCAGCGAUCGCGAGUGCCGGCAUCAACAGCGCGCGGGCGCCCGAGGGCAGCGCCUCCGGCCGGCGACGCCGCCGUCGUCAUGACAGCCGAGGUAGACCUGGCCACCGAGAUAUCGCACUUGGAGCAGCUGCCGGCCGACGCGUGGCUGGUGCGCUCCUGCGAGCUGCUGCAGCAGGAGCUCAAGGAGUGCCGGCGACCCAAGGGCCGCUUCCACCAGUACUUUAUCGACGGCCAGCUGGCCGACUGCUCGCAGUGGCGCGACGACGUCGAGCGGUGCCUGCGCUGGCGGCGGAAGGCCGACGCCGACGCCAUGGCGGAGCUGGUGGAGAGCGAACGCGCGCGCCGCAACGCCCGGCUGGCGGCGCACCGCGCCAACGACGUGUGGGAGUCGCGCGGCGCGCCGCCGCCCGGCUGGAACGGCCCGCUGCCCGAGCACCUGGAGCGCAAGCGGCAGCGCUCCUUCCUGCACCGCAUGCAGGCAGAGGACGAGGCGCGGCCGGCGGCCGAGCAGCCGGCCCGCGCACCAGCCCAAGCCGCGCGCUGCGUGCUGCAGUAGUUACGGAGGGAGGAGCGCCCGGUCGGCAAGCGCGGCUUGUCACGGUCCAGUUCGUGCCUCACGCCAGUCAGGGAUGCGAUCAGUGAGUGCGUCUGCAUGUAGUGAGAGUUCGCUGUCACAAUGUUCAUAAUAAACGUAUUGGAUCAUU